GGUUGCUCGCUCCAGUCACUGCCAGCUAGGCCCCAUGCCUUUCCCCGCGCACUGGUAGCUGCCCUCUCCUCCGCCUCCCACCGCCUAGUUCUCCUCGUCUCCAUCCCCAUCCCCCAAAAAGCAACACUCCACGCGACCUCACCUAGGGUUUGCUCUCCUUUCCUCCCCCGUCCUGCUCUUCCCCAAUCCGCCUUCCACCCCCUCGAUCUCCUCCCCCAGCCGCCGUAGACGGAGGCGGGGGCGGGGGCGAGCAGCGACGGCAAGCUCGUCCAACGCCUGCCCGCCUCGGCGAAAAGUCUGUCACCAUGUCUGACAUGGAGUCCGUGGCUACCCUUAUGGAGUCGACAAGCUUGAAGAUAGAGCAGCUUCAGCGAGCAUUUGCUGAGCUUGAGAGCCAGAGCGCUGUUACCAUGAACUUUAAAUGGAAGCAGCUCGAGGACCAUUUCCGUGGCCUUGAGCAGUCGCUCAAGAAAAAGUUUGACGAGCUGAAAAAGCAGGAGAAGGAGUUCCAGGAGACAGUCGCAAAAUCGGAGAAGAUGCUGGAGCAGCAGGAGGCUGUUGUGGUGGCUAAGGAGCUGACUUCUCUGGAAAAGCUGCAAGAGAAAAGAGAUGCUGCAUUAGCUAUGAUCUUUGGCAAGUCCAAGCUGUCGCUAAACACUAAUUAUAUCACCCCAAUCAAUAAGCCACAGAGUAAUUAUACCGUGGGUACUCUUGAUGUGAAGUGGCCCAAGCAUUCUCCCCAAGGAAAUGCGCAGAUGCAAGAUGGCAAUGCUGCUGUGAAGCCUCGUUCUGAACUUGCCAUUCUCUGUGAGGAGAUGAAUGUUAAAGGGCUUCAUAAGUUCAUAUCAGACAACAGAAAGAACUUGACGUCUAUCCGUGAGGAAAUCCCGAGUGCACUCAAGGGAGCAUCGCAACCAUAUGUCCUGGUGUUGGAUUCCUUGGAGGACUUCUAUUCUGGAGAUAAUCUGGUGUUGGAUGGAAAAAAGGAUGGAGACCUUCUGGGUGUAAGAAGGACGUGCCUAAUGUUGAUGGAGUCUCUUGUACAGUUGCAAGCUGAUGAUAUAACUGGCUUGUUGUCUGAGGGGCAAAUGUUUGCAACAAAUGUGAAAGAUCGGGCGAAAAAGAUUGCGUUUGAGUGGAAGUCCAAGUUGGACAGUCUUGACAUUGAUGCUAGCAAUGGAAACUGCCUGGAAGCACAUGCAUUUCUUCAACUGCUUGCUACCUUUGGUAUUUUUUCUGAAUUUAAUGAAGAUGAACUUUGCAAACUUCUUCCUUCUGUCAGUCGACGUCGUCAAACACCUGAGCUUUGCCGACUGCUUGGGUUGUCACAGAAGAUGCCAGGUGUCAUUGGAGUUCUGGUGGAUAGUGCAAGACCAAUUGAUGCAAUUAACUUGGCCUACGCGUUUGGACUCACUGAACAGUUUGAGCCAGUGCAAUUGCUGAAAGCAUAUCUGAGGGAGGUCAAGAAGGUGUCACAUGCCAAGAAUGGAAAAAUGUCUCCUGGAGCACAGAAUGAGAUGAAUGAGCGUGAGCUGUCUGCACUGAAAGCUGUGAUCAAGUGCGUCGAGGAGCACAAACUGGAGGAGCAAUAUCCGGUGGACCCACUUCAGAAAAGGGUGAUUCAGCUGGAGAAGGCCAAGGCAGACAAGAGGAGGGCUGUCGAAGCCGCCAAGCCACAGUCCAAGAGGCCGCGUGCCAACGGAUCGCUCUAUGCACCCCGUGUCACCAGCUUCCCCGAGAAGAGCUUCUACCAGGCAACACCAGAGAGGCACCCAUACCCUUACGAAAGGCAGUUUGUGUACGGCGCCGAGGCCCACCACCACCCUACGAUGAUGAACGCGGCUCCCUACACCAUCUCACCCGCCCACACGCCGUACUACGGUAAUGGCUACCCGGUGCAGUACCAGGUACCUUAUAUCCACUAAUGGGGGAGAGCUACAAUGGCUCUUCCCUAACACUAUCCCUAGCUUUUAACCUUCCGCUGUUGUUGUAGUUGUACCAAGUCAUCUAGCUAGUUUGCCUAGCUGAAAAUAGUUGGACCACUCGCUUGUGUGUGUGCUAUGAGUGGCUAUUGUGAGAAUCUGUUAAUUUUAUGUCACGACUUAUGACAUAAUUUACUUCUAAUGUCUAGUUGUUUUAAUCAA